AGAAGAUAACAGUGCCGUGAAGAUCCGGUGCUAUUCUUGAUCUUCUGUUGCAGUGGGAUAUUAUCUAUCAGCACCCACAUUGUGAAGUUCAAGAUGAUCAGGAAGAUGCAGUAAUGAAGGGAAGCUCUAGAAGAACGAGAACAAGAACGAGGGUCUCAGUCGCUCUGUGGUUAAAGGAGAGCAGCAUCGUCCUGUGGAGGUUGUGUUGUGUGCUGGACGUCCUGUCCUCCGCCUCGAGGAGGACUUUGACCGAAGUUCGUGGGGCUAUUCUGCCCACGCGUGGCGAGGAUCACUAUUUCCAGCACGACGUCGACCACAACAACAGGCCGGGGGCGGCACAAACAAACCGGGCAAAUUCUAAUGUCGCACAACCAGUCGACGAAGAUGAGUACCCCAUGCUCAGCGACAGUCCGAUCGGGGUCGCGGUCGACACAGACACGGGACAAAAUGAUUUCGACGCGACAGAACUUUUGGAUGCAGACGUGCCGCGGGAGAGGGGUGUGGACCACGACGAGCUGCACAGUAUGCAAAGUUAUCGUAGCCAUAGGGCAGCAGGCGCCGAGGUUGACCCUGGUCGUGCUUCGACUUCCAGACUGAGUCUGCUGGUUCAACAACAACCUUCGGAUCUUCACAGGCAAUAUCAACAGGAUUCGCCGCUGCCGUUUGUGCACGACGAUGACGCAGCACCUUCCCAAUACGCCGCGGAGCGAAAUCUAGAUCUUUUGGUCGCAGACCAACAUCACGCUGACCGCGAAACCACCGAUGUUCACCUGCUUCCCCCGGCUGCGUUCGUGGCACGACGACGACCAACAUCGCUCUCACUUGCUAACUCCACCCCUCUGACGAGUUCGGGAAGUGCCGACGGGGCGAUUCGAAGGCACGGUUUGAUCACAUCAAACGAGGUCGUGUUUUUGCAUGAUCGGAGGAAUGUGCGGCGCGGGGCCUUAGAGCUGUCGCGAACCGAGAGCAUUAGUAAUUCCGGCGGGGGCAACAGUACACCUGUAGUGAAUUGGAACAGUGAAGGACAGCUUUCUACUACGGAGGUUGAGGUGGACCAGAGCAGUGGUGUCCUUGCGGGCACAACAACAAUAAGCACCAGAGCAUCUUCGGAUGAGAAUCCUGCUUGCUCGGCGAACGUCCGUCCCGUGGAUGGCGCAACUACUGCUCCCGGGAACAGCAGGAGCGCGAAGAGUAGUUAUUGUGCCCGAACUUCAACUCCCUACACGAGGAAAAAAAAGGACAAAGUAUCGGAUCCUUUCCCCGAGCUCGCUUACUACAAGACCGUGUCUCUACAACUUCCUGGACGAGAAACAACAGAUCCGGCAGUGUUUUCGCCGCACCGUCGUGACGAUGAGAGUCAGCACACGGACGAGGAACUACAGGAGACAUGCCCGAUAGCGCGGUAUCAGUGCGAUCCCCACGGUCCGGAGGGGAAAGUGUCUGCGCUCACGCUAUCCCUCUUCGCACGUGUGCUCCCCGUUAUGUCUGCGGCUGAGUACUUUGAUACGCUUCAGGUGACGGCCACCUGGGGGACGUUUCUGGGGUACUUUUUUGAAGAGGUGGGAGGUGAGGCAUCCACAGCGAUGAGCUCUCAGCAGGAGUUCCUUUCCGGGGACACGGAUCGUUUUGAAGAAUUAGAUGCCGAACAUAGAAAGGCAAAAGGGCACGAUCAUGAAUCGCUGCACGAGCAGCACGAGCGGAGAAACAGUAGACAUAAACAAGAAUCGCCCAGGAAAAAAAGCGCCGAGGAUCUCUUCCCGCGGCUUUUCACGGUCGAAAAGAGGACUGCGAUAGAAACCAAGGUUGACCUAACUGCACAAAAUACGUGGUACGGCCGAGUGUUCGAGACCGGCAAGCGGAACGACUGGAUCCCUAGCAUUCCGAGCGCGAAUAUAGUCGAGUACCUGCCGCGCGAACAGGUCGCUGUGGCAGGAGAGGCAGCUUUGCAGGAUGAGGCGGAGAAAGUUGCUGGUGACCGAGGUCAAGUCGUAGGCGAAGUAGAUUGCGAUGUUGAGGAGGAAGAAUCUGCCGAACAGCAGUCACGAAGUGAUUUGCAGGGCCCAAUUAGUCCCAGAGAUCAUUCGUUGAAGUCCGAAGACGACCCAGGUGGAGGUGACCAAAAGGAUAAUGCCGGGGCGGAGAAUAAUGAGAUCGGAACAUCUUCGCAAUCGCAAACCAAUGAGAUGAGACCCACUUUCGACGAUGAAGUGGAAAAGCAGGAUGAGUUUGAGUGCAGGAUCAACAUGUCACCCGUAAGCGCAGGACCGCAGCCGCUUUUGUACCGAGCCCAGAAAGUCGGCGGUGAAAUUGACUCCGAGUGCACCGGACACAGCGACGACGAGUGCGGGGCGGCCACAAAUUUUGUCCGCCAGGCAAGCAAAAUGAGUAUGAGCAUGUGCGCGUCAGAAGGGCAGCUGGACGUGGAGGGGAAAGAUGAAGACGUGAUGUUGCAGAAGGACACGAGAAGUUCCAAAUCGCCCAGUUGCCUUCCUGCAGGCCAGCGGUCGUCUUCGGGGAAUGAUUUCUCAGUGGUUAGCAGGAGAUCAUCUUCCGCUGACGCAGACCGCGUUCUUUCACGUGAAACGACCACUCCGAACACGACAAUAGAAGCAGAGACGACGAGAACUUCGGGUCAGUAUUCCGCGGUGGCGGCAAUCACGUCGGCGGCUUCAGCCACGUCUUCAUUGAGCAGCUGGCCCGCGGUUGGUGAAGCAACGCGUUCAUCUAUCCGGAGCGAAAGCACCAGUUGUGAAAAUAAUCCUAUGUCCACUUCUGAACAAGUUCAAGUUCCUCUUCCUGCCGCACGAAACACCACGAAAAGCGCGAUUUUUUCUUCGAACGAAUCAUCCGCACCGAAACGGCGAGGCGUGUGCAAGACGAGCAGUUUCUCCGCCAGUGUAAAAAUUCCAGCGCGACAGCGCAAGUCCAGAUCCGCCAUGGCGUUGAUUGGAAUUUCGCCGACGGGCAGUACGACCUCUACAGUAGGACUAGCAGGAGGGAGUGCAGCAACUACUUCUAAAAAUGUUUCUCCUUGGGACGAAACGUUAAAAAACCCCCACGUCGCGGCCAUUCGGCGGUCACUGUCCUGCUUUCAAGCGGAAGACGGCGCUUACGAGUUGAAGGUAGGAGACUUGCUCUGGGAACGUAUCAUCUCUGGGGCCGUGACGCUCGACCUCGCUGCCGAAAAUGGAAGCGCAUCUUCGCCUGCGGCUAACGGUAUUAACCAGAAUGUUCCCGCGCAAGAUCGUUCUGCGAUUAUUUCACUUGGAGGCACGGGCCUGUUCCAGCAAUCUUCUGGGACCAUUUCUCGACGGCCGGCCGCAGCUGCGCUGUAUGAGGAGAAGCAAAAUCAUCCGCCUUUAAUCACGUGUCGGGAAGUUGGUUAUCCGUACCACUUCGAUUGGAUAUCGAUGUUUGUGUGUACGGUGCUGGGGGCCGCGAGCCUGGUUGGUGCGUGCACCUGGUUGCGAAGGUUUCAUCGCGUGUUGCGUGUGGUGCGACGCAGCUGUCGGAACGGUAAAAACGACAACCGGGAGCUUCUACAGCCGUGGAACAACAGUGAAGCUACAGAGUGUGAACAAGCACCUCCAGAACCAGAGCGAGAUAGUGUCGUCUCUGAUCAUCCGACAGAGAAUAUUGAAGAGACUAGACCUGAGUUAAGCCUCGAUAAAAAGAGGAGCCGACUUCUGCAGUUGAGGGGAAUUUCGGAUAACGAUAACCGCAGAAAUGAUAAGCAGGAUGGAGCCGAUGCCACUGCUUGCCGACGCGUGUGGAACUCUGAGACUUCUUCCGAUUCCGCUCGCUCCGAAUCCACCGGGUCGGAACAACUACACCGAUGGACGAAUAGUAGUUCACCUGACAAAACCCCAUGGUUUAAUGCGUUCCUCCUCAAACAUGGCCUCUUUCCCGUUUUCCACUCAGCCAUCCCCUGGGGGUUCGUGGCAGCACAGAGAAUUUUGAACCGUAGCAAAAUCCACGACUUCCACGCUAACGGCUCGGUCUACCUGUGGAUGCUGCCGGCGGGCACCAUUGUGAGCGGCGCCUUCGUCUGGCUGGCGUGGCGGGUUUUAGUAUGGAGAAAGGCGCUAGGAAGGCUAAUCCCGCUCGUGGUUUUCGACACGAUGAUGAUGUUGCAUUACUGCUCGACACUGUACAUGAUCUCCGGGUAUGACGUUCACGGAGAUGCCGUAUCUGCGACCGGGAAAAUAAGAACAACUGACACGACUCUGGAUAACGAUGUAGACGCUCCUGUUGUAUCUUCUAUGCAACACCACUACAACACCCGCCAUUCGUGCAAAAACUGCGGCAUGCACAAGAAGCCACGCAUGCACCACUGUCACAUUUGCGAGCGCUGCUUUCCUCUGCGAGACCACCACUGCGGGUUCCUUGGCACAUGCGUGUGUGAAGACAACGUGAAAUUUUUCCUCUGUUGGCUGCUGUUUCUGUUCCUCGGCCUGGCGUAUCGGUUCGGACUUCUCGUCGAGGCGGCGUUUUAUCUAGCCGCUCCGCGCACAUGCACAAGCGGCGCGCCGGUUGGGGGAAUUUUAUUGCCAGUGUUUCGGCCGGGCGAGCUGGAGAGCGAGAAGAAACUACGGAGUAUACAUGAGAGACAACUACCUCCCGAAAUGAAGGAAGUGAAGCAAUCUCAGUCCUCUCAAGAGCAUUUGCCUGCCGCCGCUGGAUCAUCAUCCUCUGGGGCGGAAACAGGCGACGACUUCAUGGUUUCUUCCGGCGAAACUUCGCCGUUGCAUGUGCCUACUUCCCCCCGGCUCAGCCGGAGAAGUACUAGAAGAGCAGCACGGUUGGAGCAAGCCACGAAAGAAUCAGCCAAAACAACUGCCAGUCCUUCGAAAUUCACAAAAGAAGCAGUGGCAGCUUUCCCGCGCUGGUCGGUCUUCGAGGUGCUGCUGCUUUUCCUCACUGUUUUCCUCUUAUUCUGCGGCCUAUCCGAAACGGUGCGCUUGCUCGAAGUUCAAGGUGGAAGUCAGGGACAGACGUGGGCGGAGCGCUUGCGAGGGACGCGAAUCGGCAAGACUUCGCAUAAAGAGGAUUUUCUCGCCAAGUUUGGCACCAAUCCGCUCUGUUGGCUCCUCCCUUUCACCAACUGCAGUCGCGAAUUCGGCGACACCGCGCGUGCAGGAGCCGGAGGAGUACAAAAAUCCGGAAAAAAAAAUCGUGUCGUUAGUGAGGAUAAUGACCCGACAAUAAAUCAAAGCAGAUCGUCAGCAUUUAUUAGUCCGACCUAUCAGCGGGGCGAUCUAGCGCAAUUUCCAGCACCACCAACGAGUUCUCUUCCCACUGCCCCACCACGUUUUGUGGGGGGGCCAGACGCAAAGCGGGCAAUAGUGUCAUUAGACGGAGAUGAGCAAGAUGACGGGAGAUCCCCUCCUGUGUCCCGUUCCGCGCAGCUGCGGGAGCAUUUUGAUAUUCUCGAAGGACAAGGCGGGACGAGCAAAAGCGUUAUGCUUGCUCUCUGAAAUCUCCACGUAAUUCUUGCCUGAUAGAUGGGACUGUAAAAUUAAGGAGUGAAGGUCACGACGAAGUGCAGGACGAUUUUAACAUGGCGCUGCACCUAUUCUGUACAAUGAAUUGCACUCCUCGUCGUUCAUCCUGGCUGGUCUGAAAAGCGCACCGGAACCUUUUGAGGAACCAGAAGGAGUCCUCUAAUGUCACCCUGCGAAACGAACAUGCGUUUUGAGAUGAAGGAAUCACUACCUACAGCGCUAAUGUGCCUAAACAUGAUGUGAG